AUGAUGCUGAGGUCUCCUCUGCCGGCGGCUGCAGCUUCUCACACAGCCUCUCAUGUUUCGCUCCCUCUUUUCUUCUUCUUUUUAACUAGCGCGCGGGGAGGUGCUGCCACAGCGCGCCCCUUGACGUCACCGCUUCUCGCGCGCCCCCGCCCAGGGUGGGGGGAAGGGGAGGGGGCGGCCCCCCGCGCGAGCGCGUCCCCCUGGCCCCGGCGGCCUCCCGGCUGCGGCGGGGAGGGGCGGCGGGCCGCGACGGCGGCGGACGGAGGGGGAGGGCUGCGAGCCUUCGGAGCCAGCCUCGAGGGCGCAGAACCCAGCGUGCCCGCCUUGCCGCGGCGCCCGGGUGGGGGCGUCUACGGCUCCGGGUCCCUGCCGGCCUGGGGCAGGGGCGCAGUCCCGAGAGUCCGGGACUGCCCAGCUGCUGCAGCCAGCAGGCUCCUCUCUCCUCCACUCUUCCUCUCUGCACUGCCCGGGCUAAAGGCGGCCAAGCUGAGGCUCCGAGAGAAAGCAGGGGAAUCCCAGAUGCGGUUGAGUACGCUGAGAUGGUUUGGAGACUCGUCCUCACCGGAAGUCCUGCAAACCACUGAAGUGGCACGGACGCGUGUGCGUGCGCGGAGUGGGCGGUGUGUCGGGCUGCAGGCCGAGCCGAGUCGGCCUCCCAGAGUGCUUGCCUUGGUUUGGGCGGGUUAGUCCCCGACCUGCCCCCGUCAGGGUCCCACAAGUGUCCGGGAAUAAGCUGGGCCCCGCUGGUGCCAUCUGGGAGCACAGAGGGAAAAUUGCAACCCUUGCCUACAACCAGACUGACAGCAUAAUUAGGAAUCAAGAAUCAACACUGGGUUAUAUCUUCAGAUUAAACCUAGAAAGCCCCCUUGGAGGCUGAAGUGGGGGAGCAGGCCACGCAUACACUCGAACAUGAAAAAUGGUCUCCUUUCAUCAGAGAGCUCUCCCUCUUCAGCUAAACCGACAGAGUGGUGAAAAGAAGAAGGGAAUCCUUCCUGACCGAAAUAAUCCAUACAAAUCAAGUCGACCUUUUUAAGCAAGAAAUGGAACAGCAUAAGGGUGGCUAGUUCACAUCUUCUGCUCAUACCACCACUGAGCAACCCCCCCAGGACUGCCACCCAUAUGCAGGUCAUGCCCUGUGCAAGAGCACCUAAAGUGGGAGCUGAAGCCCUGCCCAGGCUCCAUUCACCAAGCAGAGCUUAUGUUGCUGUGUGUCUGUGUCUACCCAGAGGAUGUGGGUGCUUUUUGAAAUGUGCACCAGGGCAUCUUGUAUGAGCUAGCACCAGCUUAGACCAUCCCACCCUCAUACCCUGGUCCUAUCCAGGGUUAUGUUCCCUACUUUAGAAGAAUUAAUGAUUCUCAUGAACAUAUUCAGUUUAUUAUAAAAAGAAAUAUGUGAUGCAAAUUGAAAUUAAUUUCAAAUGUAAAGCUCAAACUAUUACCAUGUAUGUGAAUUAUGUAUGUAUGCAUAUAUAUAUAUGCAUACAUACAUAAUUCGAGAGUUAUAUGAAUAUACAUUUUUAGUGUAUCAGAAGUGAUGACGAUUUAACUUUGGUAAGUGUUUAAAAUAAAAUUAUUUUGGGUUUUGGAA